AUAUCUAAUCCUAGCAAACAUGUUUACCCUAAUUGCCAAACCCUAAACCUACUUUUUUGGCUCCAAUCUAUCCUGACCGUUAGAUCAAUCUAAUUAGGAAGAUUAGCACAUGAUCAAAUUACACUCCUUGAAAAUUGAAACACAACUAUAUGGGAAAACAAAACAGUGGUAUGUUAUCUAGGUUAUUUUUGCAUAUAUCUUCACGUUGGUAACCAUCUCUCUCUAUCUAAGAAAAACUUUGCAAAACAUAUCAAAUCCAACAUGUUCAAUAAUGACGUCCAUGCCUUGCUUUCUUAUCAUGCAAUGACUGGUAAUUCUGGAACGCUCAACAUUAUGAUGUUCCAUGCACUUUCCUUUAUCAACUUAGCUUAUUUGCCAAUUUAUGUUGCAGGACCUUUGGAUCCCAACCCCGUUUUUGAACUGGACCGUAUUGUCAAUGAUCUUCGCAAGAAAUAUCGAACAUAUGUUGUUCCAUAUUCUGGAGAACAUGUAUGGUUAUUAACUAAUUUAUUUUGUUCAUAUGUAUUUGAGAAAGAAAACUGAUUGUUUAAUCGAAUUAUAGGGUGUUGCUGUUCUCCCACCUAUGUUUGGUCAUGACUUUGGAGACCAGAUUGGGCGUUACGCAACUUUAAUUGAUGGUAACAAUAACAAGUUCGAGGUGCUGGUAGAGAGAAACAACACUGGGAUUUAUCUAACAAGGGGGUGACUCGCUUUGCAUGAUUUCUACAAGAUAAGCCUUGGGUGUUGGGUGUCCAUGUUCUUUGUUGGUGAAAGCAAGUUUGAGAUAACCCUUGAGGAUAGGUUUCGGAGGAGGAUGGCCAAUCCCAGGUUUACUCCAUCCAUGAAGUUUGAAAUCGACAAGGAUAUGCUUCCUUUUCUCAUGAUUGAUGAUGUGCCAAGGCCCUAUGUUCACGACCCAAUGAAUUUUCAAUUCUCUUAUGAGAAGAAAUUGACUGGUGAUGAGAUUGAUUCUGGCUGGUUGAUUCUUGCUGCUGGAGGGUUUUGUCGUUUAACUUUGAACAAGAGAUCAACUUCAGUUAAGUUGGUGGAUGAUUUUGGAAAUGCUUGGUUUUGCACGUUGGUGUAUGGCAGGCGUAAGUACGCACACUUCAAAAUCGGUGGUUCAUGGAGAAGAAUGGUUAAAGCGCGAGGACUUCAGAGGGGUUCUCAUCUCAUUCUUGGUGCACCGAAACUUGGAAGCAACGAUACCGUUUAUUUUAGUCUUAUUUGCUAAUGGUUAAAGCACGAGGACUUCGGAGGGGUUCUCAUCUCAUUCUUGGUGCACCGAAAUUUGGAAUCAACGAUACCGUUUAUUUUAGUCUUAUUUGCUAAUUAGGGAAUGAUACAUUAGUUUUUUUGCUAUGCACAUGUAAUG